AUGGAGAACGAGGACGUGUUGAUAAGGCAAGGGAGAUCUCUGGCUGAGACUCCUACUUAUUCUGUAGCUUCAGUUAUUACAGUCUUGUGGUUGGAGAAAACAAGGAGGAAGGCUCUGGUUGUUUCUUUGGAGAAAAUUAAGGAAGAGCUGAUGCUGCUUGGGCUUAUAUCUCUGUUCUUGGCACAAUGUGCGCGGUGGAUAUCUGAGAUUUGCGUGAAUUCGUCUCUUUUCAGCAGUAAAUUCUAUCUUUGUUCUGAGGGGGAUUAUGGCAACAUUCAGAAUGUCAUGUUAGAAAAUUCAUCCCCUUUUCUAAACGAGACCCACAACCCCCCAAAAGAACAACUACUCCAACAGCUGCUCAUCAAUGUGGGUCGUGAACCAUUUGUCUCCCUAGAGGGUCUCGAGCAGCUUCACCGAUUUUUGUUUGUUCUCGGCAUCACUCAUGUCCUGUACAGUUGCUUGGCCGUUGGUCUGGCUAUGAGCAAGAUCUACAGUUGGAAGAAAUGGGAAAAUCAGACAAGCUUAGUGGCUGAUGGGAACUUACAAGGUAAGCAACUUGAAUUACUAAAGCACAAACUGCCAAUUUCUUAUAACUUCCAUAAAUAUAUGGUCCGCAGUAUGGAAGAUGAAUUUCAUGGCAUCUUGGGGAUCAGCAGUCUCCAGACAGAUUAUAUUGCAGACAUAGUUCAGCCUUGUCUGUUGAUGAGCCAGCUUGUGAUGUUGGUUGGAACAAAGCUUCAGCAUGUUGUUUCCACAUUAGCACUUGAGAUAGGGAAACAAACAGGUCCGUCCAUUGGGAAUCAAAUGGGAUCGCGGUGUAAGAAGGCAUUGGUUGCUGAGAGUGUCAGAGAGUCGCUACACAGCUGGUGCAAGAGGGUGAAGGAGAGGUCUAAACGCGACUCAGCAACACUCUCAGUUGCUACAAGAUCAGUGUGUUCGCUAGAUACAACAAUUGACGAGCAUGAUGAGAUCACAGUGGCAUCUGGAACUCUAUCGCGGUCGUCUUCCUUAGGUUCUUUGAAUGAGAUAACUGUAGUCCCACCUCAUGAACAGGAGGUGGCAGAAGAUAUUGCAGAGACCUCAAAUCCACGCCAUCUUCAUCAUCAACUUUCAUUGCGGAUAGAAGAGUACUUGAACGAUAGUACAUCACUACCUCCACCUAUUAUUGAUGAAGAGGAUGAUUUGGGCAAUGCAGAGGAGACUCUUUUUGAAUUAUUUCAAAGGACUUGA